AUUGGAAAUAUUAUGAAAAAGUCAACGAUAUCAACAAUCCGUAUGGUGCCAGCUCAUUGAUAUCUGUACUUUGCUUUGAAAGGAUUUUCUUUUCACACGAUCAGACGGUAUUCAUCGAGAAAUAUGGAACCCACGUCGUUGUGGGGCUGAGUGUUGGAGGCCAAGACGUGGUGCUAGUCAAGCAAGAUAAGUCUUCGAACUUGGGGCCAUCAGAACUUAAAACACAUUUGGAUAAUCUCGGAGAUCAACUCUUCACUGGGACCUGCAGUUUCGCCCCGAAAACUAAAGAAAAAAUGCAUAAGACACCUGAAGCCUUCAAUGUAUUUGAUCCGGAACCUGUGGCCUUCAACAGCUUUUCCUCCAUAAGUUCAAAACAUGGAAUCAGUGUAAUAUGCCACAAGAGGGGAGGUGACACUUCAGCCAGUAGCCACUGUGAAUGGCUUCCAACAGUGUCAUCAAAUCCUGAUGCAAUCCAUUUCAGCUUCAUCCCCAUCACUUCUCUCCUUGAAGGGGUUCCUGGAAAAGGCUUUUUAUCGCACGCCAUCAACCUCUACCUUCGAUACAAGCCUCCUAUAGCUGAUUUGCAGUACUUUCUUGACUUCCAAUAUCACAAAAUUUGGGCUCCCGUUCACAAUGACCUUCCACUCGGUCCUUCAAAUAUGAGUACUCCUUCACCUGCUCUCCAUUUCCAUAUGAUGGGUCCAAAGCUAUAUGUAAACACUAUUCAGGUUACAUCAGAGGCGAGACCUGUCACUGGGAUGCGCUUGUAUCUCGAAGGAAAGAAAUGCAACAGGCUAGCCCUUCACCUCCAACACCUCUCAAACACCCCAACAGUGCUUGAAAACAGGAUACACGACAUGCCAUUGUGGCGAGGAUCAGAAGACAUUGCCGACCACCGAUUCAUCGAACCGAUCCAUCGAAAAAAUUUCUCUCAUAUAAGCACAGCGCCAGUUAAAUAUGAUCCCAAAUGGACAACUAGAAAAAAUGUUUCAUUCAUCGUCACUGGAGCUCAACUUUACGUACAAAAACAUGAAUCCAAGAGCGUUCUCCAUCUCCGCCUCUUAUUCUCCAAGGUUUCAAAUUCUUUUGUAGUACAAUCAAAUUGGGCACAAGGGUCAGCAGGAUUUUCCCAAAAGUCAGGUCUUUUUUCCACAAUAAGUACAUCAAUUACAGGACAUCAAGUUAAAGAGAAAACGCCAGUUGUGGUGUUGGAUUCUAGUGUUUUUCCUUCGGGGCCGCCGGUGCCGGUUCAGACUCUGAAGCUUUUGAAAUUUGUUGAUACUUCACAAUUGUGUAAAGGGCCGCAGGACAGUCCCGGCCACUGGCUGGUCACCGGAGCUCGGCUGGAGUUGGAGAAGGGGAAGAUAUGUGUUCAUGUAAAGUUCUCGUUAUUAAACAUUUGUUUAUGAGUUGAAGAUAAAGAAACGAAAGAUUGGUUUUAGUGUAAAAACAGAGUAGCCAAUCUUGGAGCUACGGUAAUUUUAUUCAUCUGUAUAAUCUUUUUGCGAUUAUAAAAUUAUAGAUGAAAAUUAAAUCGUUUUCAAUAGAAGUUGUUAAUAUAUAAGAGUAGAUAA